AUGAUGAAGAGCAGUGCCCUGAUGAAGAAGGAGAGCAAAAUGCGCAUACGUGCUUUCCCGACAACUAUGGACGAGAAGUAUGUGGAGAGCAUUUGGGCCUUACUGAAAAGUGCUAUCCAGGAGAUACAAAAGAAGAAUAAUUCUGGCCUCAGUUUUGAAGAACUUUAUCGCAAUGCAUACACGAUGGUACUUCACAAAUACGGUGAACGCUUGUAUACAGGAUUAAAGGAAGUUGUAACGCACCACCUCGAAAACAAAGUACGAGAAGAUGUUCUUCGAUCUCUGCAUAAUAACUUUUUACAAACAUUAAAUCUCGCCUGGAACGAUCAUCAGACAUCGAUGGUGAUGAUCAGGGAUAUCUUGAUGUACAUGGACAGAGUGUACGUUCAACAGAAUGAUGUAGACAAUGUGUAUAAUCUUGGACUAAUUAUUUUUCGAGAUCAGGUGGUCAGAUACGGAUGUGUCAGAGAUCAUUUACGAGAAACAUUACUAGGUAUGGUUGCGAGGGAGAGAAGAGGAGAAGUUGUAGAUCGUAGCGCUAUAAAAAAUGCCUGCCAAAUGUUAAUGUUACUCGGCAUUAACAGUCGUCAAGUUUACGAAGAGGAUUUUGAAAGGCCUUUUUUACAACAAAGUGCUGAGUUUUAUAGGAUGGAAUCUCAAAAGUUUCUGGGAGAAAAUAGCGCGUCGGUAUACAUAAAGAAGGUCGAAGCUAGAAUUUGCGAGGAAUCCGAAAGAGCGAAACACUAUUUAGAUGAAUCUACCGAAUCGCGAAUAGUGGAAGUUGUAGAAGAAGAAUUAAUCAAAAUCCACAUGAAAACCAUUGUUGAGAUGGAAAACAGUGGUGUAGUACACAUGCUUAAAAAUCAGAAAACGGAAGAUCUUGGUUGUAUGUAUAAACUGUUUUCGAGAGUGUCCGACGGAUUACGCACCGUGUGCGACUGUGUGUCUCAAUUCCUUAGAGAGCAGGGACGCGCAUUGGUGCAAGAGGAGCACGAAUCAACAACAAACGCCGUUCUUUACGUCCAAAAUCUGUUAGACCUGAAGGAUCGCUUCGACCAUUUUCUACAUUACUCUUUCAAUAAUGAUAAAAAUUACAAGCAAACGAUAGCAUCGGAUUUCGAGUACUUCCUUAAUUUGAAUCCCAAAAGUCCCGAGUAUCUCUCGCUCUUCAUCGACGACAAACUCAAGAAAGGUGUCAAAGGGAUGACAGAGCAGGAGAUAGAAGGUAUUCUGGAUAAAACUAUGGUUCUGUUCCGCUUCUUACAAGAGAAGGAUGUGUUCGAACGAUACUACAAGCAACAUCUCGCCAAACGGUUAUUGUUGAAUAAAUCUGUUUCGGAUGACAGCGAGAAGAAUAUGAUAUCUAAGCUUAAGACUGAAUGCGGAUGUCAGUUUACGUCGAAGUUGGAAGGCAUGUUUAAGGAUAUAACACUCAGCAACACUGUCAUGGAUGAAUUUAAGGAUCACGUUCUUACAUCCGGUACAAAUCUACAUGGAGUGGAUAUAAGCGUCCGCGUGCUCACGACCGGUUUCUGGCCGACACAAUCAGCCACUCCGAAGUGCAGUAUGCCCACUGCGCCACGCGAUGCCUUUGAUGCCUUCCGGCGCUUCUAUCUAGCUAAACAUAGUGGUCGGCAAUUAACGUUGCAACCACAAUUAGGCUCCGCAGAUCUGAAUGCUAUGUUCCAUGGACCGCGAAGGGAAGAGAGCAAUUGCAGUGGCUUGGACACGCCUUCGUCUUCGUGUUCUAUCGGAAAUGGUAGCUGCGCGAGCGGCAGUCUAGUGAGCCAACGAAGUAGCGCGUGUAGCACACCGCGGAAACACAUAAUACAAGUAUCCACUUAUCAAAUGUGCGUGUUAAUGCUCUUCAAUAAAAGGGAGAGGCUGACGUACGAAGAAAUUCAAGGUGAAACCGAUAUUCCAGAGAGGGACUUGGUCAGAGCAUUACAAUCUCUCGCCAUGGGUAAAGCUACGCAAAGAAUUUUACUUAAGCACCCUCGUACCAAGGAAAUCGAACCUUCGCACUGCUUUUGUGUGAACGACAGUUUUACUAGCAAAUUACAUAGAGUAAAGAUCCAGACCGUAGCGGCGAAAGGAGAGUCUGAGCCAGAGAGAAGAGAGACACGCAACAAGGUUGAUGAAGACCGAAAACACGAAAUCGAAGCGGCUAUCGUGCGGAUUAUGAAAGCCCGGAAACGUAUGCCUCAUAACAUACUUGUAACGGAAGUGACGGAGCAGCUUAGAGGUCGGUUUUUGCCUUCACCUGUAAUAAUUAAGAAACGUAUCGAAGGUUUAAUUGAACGAGAGUACUUGGCCCGUACACCGGAAGAUCGAAAAGUAUAUACGUACGUUGCUUAAUGCUGAAUUCAAAUAUUGGAUGUGUACAAACAUGUAAGUAAUUUGUAAUAAUAUAUAUCCUCUUAUUACAUCGAUGAUUCUUCAUACUUUAUCCGCUGUCAUUAUUAUUAUACCAUUAUCAUUUGUACUAUCAUAACUGUUAUUCUCUCGUUGUUACUUUCAUUUCGUGUUUGAGAAUUAUCCAUGUACAAGGGAUGUUCCAUACCAACGAGGAAACAAUAUUUCCAGAAAGUUUUAAUGUUCGGAUGAUGCAAAUCAAAAGUAUAUAUUCAGUUCAAAUUUACAAUUUAUGAAAAUUGCUCUUUGUAGGAGGUACACAUGAUCGGAAAUGUUACCGAUUAUAGUGUCUACUAUUACGAAUGUGUGGUUUAAUUUUAAUCUUUCUUGUAAUCUUGUAUCCAAAUUAAUGAAAAAACAAAUACCACAAGGAAUAGGACUUGUAUUACUUGAUAUUGGAAGCUGAGAACUGCAAGGAUGUUUAUUAUCUUUUACAUAUUAUUUUUCUUUGUAAACAUAUAUUAUUUGCAGACAAGAAUUCAUCAGUUUUGCGAUUAAAAUUAACACAUUGGUUAUACAUUGUGUGCAAAAACGAUUUGAUUUCUGAGUGAAAUAAUACUUUUUUUACGCUUGUUGCGACGGAACAUCCCUGCGAUUGAAAUGAAUGGCAAGAUAUUCUUCUGAUAAUUGACUAGUUCGGUGGAAAAGGUCGAUGUACGUAUAAAAAAAACAAAAAAAACGAUGCACAUUUAGAUUUAAAUUGGAAUAGUGUAUUGAGUUUAAUCGUAAAUAUUGUAUCUGCUUCUUCCCCACACUUUAUAUUUCAAUUACAUUCGCAUUUGUUUUACUCUUACACACAUGUAUAAAGAUACCAUAUGUUAACGUAUGUGAGCACCAGUGAGCACUCAUUACAAUAAAUAUGUAUUCUAAAUUAGGUUUUAGUUUAACGUGCGUUUCUAAUUAUGCGAAACAUAGUUAAGUUAUUGAAGAACUUUACGAUCCGUAUUGAUAAUACCGCAAUUAGGAACUUUUCUACACUUGUAAGACUGUGAUUGUCUACGACAUAACAUAAAUAUUAUCCGGAUAUAUCGUGAAUUUAGGAAGAGAAACGGUAUUUACGUACAGUUUUAUUUACGUUGAUGUCUAUCGAUUAUAUAUGUAAAUAAGCCAUGUGAAUGUAUUAACUAAGAAUAUACUUGUCUCAUUUCCAACAA